UUUCGCUCCGUCGCCUCCGCCGCCGUUGUCACAUCGUUGCGAAAGACCCGCCACGUUUUAGUGUUGUUUGAAAUGUUAUCACUUUUGUGUCUACACGCUCCAACGGCUGUCUAGUGUUUACAAAAUAUUUAUUCGGUGAGUUGGCUUCGUAGAGUCGCGGGCUCGGUACAAGAUGGCGGACGGCGGCACGACGGGUGCGCUGCUUUAUGCAGUGAGCGCAGCUGUCUUGGGCAUGCUGCAGUUCGGCUACAAUACCGGCGUCAUCAAUGCGCCGCGUAGCUUCAUACAGAACUUCAUCAAAGAACAAUACACCGCAUCUCCUAGCCUCAUAUUCUCCGUUAUAGUAAGCAUCUUUGCUGUCGGUGGAAUGAUCGGUUGUCCACUCGCCAGUUGGCUAGUAGAAAAACUCGGACGCAAGAAAGCUCUCAUGAUUAACGCUAUCAUCGGUGUCGCAGGUGCAAUCUUAAUGGGCUUCAGCAAAGCAGCCAGCUCGGUGGAAAUGCUUAUAAUUGGCAGGUUUGUCAUCGGAAUCAACUGCGGCUUCGCCACUACGGCAUCUCCGACUUACGUAUCAGAAGUAGCACCACUUCGUUUGAGAGGGGCAUUCGGAACGGUGAACCAAUUGGCUGUUGCUUUCGGUAUGGUCGGUGCUCAAAUACUUGGAAUCGACGUUAUCCUUGGAAGUGACGAAGGAUGGUCUUGGCUACUUGGUAUAGCUAUUAUCCCAUCAGCGGUACAAUGCGUUAUGCUGCCUUUUGCGCCGGAAUCGCCUCGCUUCCUUUUGCUCGCUGUCCACGACGAACAGCAAGCCAGAAUAGCUCUGACCAAGAUACGAGGAACCACGGAAAUCAACGAUGAAAUCAAUGAUAUGCACGUAGAAGAUCACGCGGCGAAGCAAGAACAGAAAUUCUCUAUUUUAGAUCUUUUCAGAAUAGACUCGUUGAGGAAACCCUUAGUGAUCGGUGUCGUUAUGCAUCUCUCUCAGCAGUUCGGUGGUAUUAAUGCUGUGUUAUAUUAUUCAGGGACUAUUUUUGUUUACGCAGGCUUAGAAGAAAAAGAUGCACGGUUAACGACAAUCGGUGUCGGUAGUGUCCUUUUCGUGAUGGCUCUCGUGUCGAUUCCAUUGAUCGACCGAUUAGGUAGGCGCACUUUGCAGCUAUGCGGUCUUGCUGGCAUGACUGUAUUCUCAGUACUGAUGACAGUGGCCUUCUUUACUUAUGAAAAUAAUACUACUAUGAGUAUAUUCGCUGUGAUCUUUACGUUCUUGUACGUAGCUUUCUUUGGUGUGGGACCAAGUUCCAUUCCGUGGAUGAUACUCUCCGAGUUAUUCGGUCAGGGUGCUAGGAGCGCUGCGGUCAGCGUUGGGGCACUCGUCAACUGGUUUGCCAACUUCGUCGUUGGCCUGACAUUUAUCCCAAUGUCAGAAGGUCUAGGCAAUUACGUAUUCUUGCCAUACACCGCGUUGUUAAUACUGUUCUUUAUCUUCACCUAUUUCAAAUUGCCCGAAACGAAAAAUAAGACAAUAGAGGAAGUCACGGCUCUCUUCAAAUAGUUAUAGUGUCUAAGGCAAAAGCACAUUCCUUUAAGUAUUAAAAUAAAUUAUAUAAUUAUAUUUUGAAAUAAGUUUAACUGUUAAAUGUGAUAAUUAUUACUUUUGUUAUAUUUCAUAAAACGAUGAACAGAAGAACACCAUAUAAGUAAAUUAUUUUAUAGUUCUCAAGUAAAUGUUUUAAGUUUACUUCUUUAAGAGCUACUUUUGUAUGUAAGAUUUUUUUAUGUAACCUAUUUCUAUGUAAUAAAUUUAUUUUGAUUGUUUUAUGUCGAACUUCGUUCGCAUAAAUUAGAAAGACUGAACAUCCUAUUAGAAACUUUAAAAUAUACCCAUUAAAUAUAUCUAAAUCAAGUACUUAUUAUAGAAUUUUAGAAGAAAAAAUAUUUAAAAAAUAGAACUUCAAAAUUGUUAAAAAUAUAACUGUAUUGUACGAUAUUAUAUAAUAAGGCCCCUUGCACAUUUGAUUUUGCUUUGGUAUCGCUCAUGAACACACAAGAUUGUAACGUAUGUUAUUUAUUAUACAUAAAGCGAAUAAAAUUUCAUUACUUUACUAUAAUAAAUCCAUUUGUUGCAUCGCAUUAGGGUGG